AUGGAUAAUAAUCGAAAUGUGACGUCACAAAUGGACGAAGAUGAUAAAGAUAUGAAUAAUCGACUAGAAGAUAUGAUCCGUCAUAUUGGAGAAUCAUCUUAUAUGAAAGCUCAUAUUUAUGAUAUUUUAUGUAACAACAAAUACGCGUCUUUAUAUAAGGGGUGCACUAGUUUUACACGAUUGUCUGUGUUGUUAAAAUUGUUUAAUCUGAAGGCAAAAGGUGGGUGGUCGGAUAAAAGUUUCAUAGAAUUGCUUGAUUUAUUAAAACAAAUGCUACCAGAAGAUAACAAUUUACGGAAUCAUUGUUAUGAUUCCAAGAAGAUAUUGUGUCAAAUGGGUUUGGACUAUGUCAAAAUACAGGCAUGUCAUAAUGAUUGCAUAUUAUGCAGGAAAAAGUGUGGAAAUUUGGAUCAAUGUCCAGAAUAUGGUGAUCCGUGCUACAAGUUGAAGAACAACAAUAGUGAUGACAAUGACAAUGUUAGUAAGAAGCACCCUCCUACUAAAUUGUUAUGGUACUUGUCAAUAAUUUUAAGGUUAAAGAAACUUUUUGUUAAUGCGAAUGACUCAAAGAAUAUUAUAUGUCAUGUAGGUGAAAGAAAAUAUGAUGAAAACAUUCGCCAUGUAGCUGAUUCUUUACAAUUGAAGAAAAUUGAUUCAUUGUUUUCUGAUUUUGGCCUUGAGCCAAAAAACCUUAUGCUUGGGAUUUCUACAUAUGGAAUGAACCCCUUGCGUAAUAUGAGUAUUAACCAUCCUUCGUGGCAUGUUCUUCUCAUGAUUUAUAACCUAUCUCCUUGGUUGUGCAUGAAACGCAAAUAUAUGAUGUUAAGUAUGAUGAUUUCUGGACCAAGACAACCUGGAAACGACAUAAAUGUUUAUCUAAGUACAUUAAUUGAGGAUUUAAAAAAUUUGUGGGAUAGAAGUGUUGACGUUGAUGAUUCAUAUUUCGGUGAAAAGUUUAAGAUGCGUGCAAUUUUAUUUUACACAUUCAACGAAUUUCCUGCAUAUGAUAAUUUGGUUGGAUAUAGUCUCAAAGGACAUAAAGUGUUUCCUAUAUGUGAAUCUAAUACACAUUUUCAUGGACUUGAGUUUGGAAAAAAGAUUGUUUACCUUGGGCAUCCAAAAUUUCUAAAACCCAAUCAUCCUUGUCGUAGAUUGCUGAAGACUUUUAACGAAGAGCAGGAGUUUAAAAUUUCUCCUAAACCUUUAACUAGUGGUGAAGUUUAUCAACGACAAGAAAACCCUACUAUUUGGCUAUCUGUGGCAUCCUUCAAUGCUAUAUGUAAUAAAGUUCUUGAUUUCAAAAAAUUAGAUGAAUUAGAAGAUGAGGUUGCAAUAAUAUAG